AUCAGAUGAGGAAGACAAAAAUACUGUACAAGUCGUGUUAGAAUACUCAUACUAACAUACUGUAUACUACAUACUUAAUGAGUAUUUACUACAUAAUAUUAGUUAAUUUUAGUAUACUGUAAACGAAUGGUAUCGUUCAUGUGUUGAGCGUACUAGAGCUUCGCCUGUCUACCGGAAGUUGAUGCUGUUACUAUGCAACCUCUUGCUAGCAUGACAAAUGACUAGCUAGACAUUUUACGAUUUUGGGUGUGUUGGUAAAUUCAAUCUGGAGUGCCAAAGUGCGCCAGAGUUCGUAAAUCGUUGUCAGAUUGUCAGUUCAUAAAUUCAGAGUGUUUUGCUCUCGGAGCGCACACUGGGAGCUCUGGCCGAGGGGGGUUGAUUGAGCGUUCAACGGCAGUCAAGCACCCAAGCGUUUCAAGGCUGUGUUCAAACAAUGAUUUAUCAAUGACCAGCUCAAUUAAUCCCUACCAUUGUGACAAUGAGUCAUCAUAAUGCUGCAUAAAACUUACAUUAUCCCAGGGGCGUUGGCAGACACAAUGUAAGUAACUUCAAUUAUGUCCCCCUAAUUACCUCUGUUGAUCCUACAGCUAUUGUAUGCAGUAAUCAUGAGCCUAUGAAACAGAGUUAUACCAAAUAUGUUCUAUGUAUGCAGAUGACUCAACACUUUACACGUCAGCUACUACAGCAACUGAAAUGACUGCAACAUUGAACAAAGAGCUGCAGUUAGUUUUGGGAAUGGGUAGCAAGGAAUAAGUUAGUCCUAAAUAUAUUUCCUAAACUAAAAGCAUUGUAUUUGGGACAAAUCAUUCACUAAGCCGUAAACCUCAACUACAUCUCGUAACGAAUAAUGUGGAAAUUGAGUAAAUUGAGGUGACUAAACUGCUUGGAGUAACUCUGGAUUGUAAACUGUCAUAGUCAAAACAGUAGCUAAAAUGGGAGAAGUAUGUCCAUAAUAAAGCGCUGCUCUGCCUUCUUAACACUAUCAACAAGGCAAGUCCUACAGGCCCUAGUUAUGUCGCAUCUAGACCACUGUUCAGUAGUGUGGUUAGGUGCCACAAAGUGGGACUUAGGAAAAUUGCAGUUGCCUCAGAACAGGGCAACAAGGUUGGCCCUUAAAAGUACACGGAGAGCUAACAUCCAACAACGUCGGUAUGAAGGGGCAAUGGUAGAAUACCGUUGUUGUGAGCCAGCCUGGGUCAAUGGACGAGAGGACUUGAACCAAAGACAGUACAAUAUGGUUUAGAAACUCUGCUUGAAAUGUGUGGCUAACAGACCGCUGAGUUAAUUAGCUACUCAGGGCAGCUAAGCUAACGUUAGCUAGCUUGCACUACAACUCACACUUCAAGAAUUACGGCUCAAGUUCAACUUUUGUAUAACCUAGCUAGCUUUCUUCCGGUGCCACCAGGUAGGUCUGCAAUCCUUGCAUUAUCAAACUGGGUGAGAAUGAUGAGUCAGUGGCGCGAGCGUAACGUUAACUUGCCUGCUUCCUUGUUGAUGAAUGUGAGAAGACGCCUGCACAAACUAGCUAGACAACUUUAUAGGAAGGUGUCACUUGUUUUGACUGUAAUUAAACUGAAUAAACAAAAGUUGAAGUAUUAAUGUAGUCAUUGUUGACUUUCUGUCAUUAUGCAUGUAGCCUGACUUUUGUCUGUAAAAUCAUUGAAAAGGGUAUUCUACAAUCAUGGCAAUGUCCAAACGGACCUUACCACACUACAAUUAAAAGUCAGUUAAUCUUUGAUGGACUAGGAAACUGUCAUAUAUGGUAUCUGCUGGUGCCCCUGGUCUUGUGGACAAAGAGAGCAUUGUGUUGCUGUUUUUGAGCCAGCAGGAGGCCAGCAUGUUUGUCUGGCCAGUGUCAGUGUAAGCUAAUUUUUCUUCACACCACUGAAGCUUGUCUCCAGUGCCCGACCACAGGAGCAAGAGUUGCAGCCAUUUGGCCCAUUGGUCCUUCCUUUGAAUGUUUCAAGACUGCCCCCUCACCUUGCAGCAGACCAGAGUGACCCUGCUGUCCCCAACAUGGUGUCGUCCAGGCUGAAGUACCUGUCUCUGUGGGUGCUGGUGUUCCAGACCACCUUUCUGGUGCUGACCAUGCGCUACUCCCGCACGCUACAGGGGGACGGCCCCCGCUACCUGGCCUCCUCUGCUGUGGUGGUGGCUGAGCUCAUGAAGAUCAUCACCUGUGUGCUGCUCAUAUUCAAGGAGCACAGCUACAAUAUUCGGGCUCUGAACAGUAUUCUGAGGCAAGAGAUCACUCACAAGCCUAUAGAGACCCUGAAGCUGGCCAUUCCUUCUGGGAUCUACACCCUACAGAACAACGUGCUCUAUGUGGCUCUGUCCAACCUGGACGCUGCCACCUACCAGGUGACGUACCAGCUGAAGAUCCUCACCACAGCCCUGUUCUCAGUGUCCAUGCUUGGCCGGAGGCUGGGUGUGUACCCGUGGCUCUCCCUGCUCAUCCUCAUGGCUGGGGUCGCACUUGUGCAGUGGCCCUCUGAAUCCCUCGGGCCACUGAGAAGGAGCAGAUGUCUGAAGGGUCCCAGUUUGUGGGCUUGGUGGCGGUGCUGGUGGCCUGCUGCUCCAGUGGCUUCGCUGGGGUUUAUUUUGCGAAGAUUCUCAAAGAGACCAAAUAGAGCGUCUGGGUCCGCAACAUCCAACUGGGUCAGCAUGAAAGGAAUGUUUGGCCUGGUGUUUGGUCUGAUGGGGAUGUUUGCGUACGAUGGGGAGAGAGUCCGAGAAUCUGGGAUGUUCAAGGGAUACAACACAAUCACCUGGACAGUGGUGGCUCUGCAGGCACUAGGAGAGCUGGCUAUAGCAGCUGUCAUCAAGUAUGCAGACAACAUCCUGAAGGGCUUUGCCACGUCACUCUCCAUCAUCCUGUCAACCCUCAUAUCCUACUUCUGGCUGCAGGACUUUGACCCCACAAGUGUGUUCUUCCUUGGUGCAGUACUGGUCAUCGUGGCCACCUUCCUGUAUGGCUACGAGGACAAGCCAUCCCCCAACCCCAGCCGUACCUAGCGGACAUCACCGAGGUCCGAAGGGGAUGUCAGGGAAGAGAAAAGAAGAGGAGAAGAAAACAGUGGAGCGGAAGAGAGAAAAGAGGAGCGAAGGACACUAGCCUAGAGGCAUUGUUGACAUGGGCUUCAGACACUGGCUGCGUUUUCACAGGCAGCCCAAUUCUGAUAUUUUUCCACAAAUUAGUCUUUUGACCAAUCACAUCAGAUCUUUUUUCAAUCUCAUCUGAUUGGUCAAAAGACCAAUUAGUGAAAAAAAUAUCAGAAUUGGGCUGCCUGUGAAAAUGCGGCUAUAUGUAAACAUCGGUACAAUGCCUGUGUAAACGCAGCCCAAUAAGUUCCUCGACUAGAAAAGUGUGAUCAGGAAGUUGCCACCACAGAGAAAUAGACCCAUGAGUCAUGACCAAGCUCAGCAGUGUACUGGACACUCCUGCCAGGCAGGUUAUUGCACUGAGUCAAAACUGGUUGGGUAGGGUCCCCUGUCUUUAUAUUAUUGUCAUCAUCUUAAUAAUGAAGAUGAUGGAUAAAACAAAAGACACAGGCGGGGAUGUUUUCUGACUUGUGCAUUUCCCUGAAGGCCAUAAUGUUCACUCAUGGCUUGUGACAAUAGUCUGGAUGUGUUGGACUCCACAGACAUACUGAUGAACUAUGUUACUGCUUCACUGCUGUAGACCUCUGUACUUUUCCACGCAUUUGCGUAACGUGAUUUGUCUGUUAUUUGGGGAAGUGGGGAAGGUUGACUUUAUUACUGUAUUUACCAAUCAUUAGGAACACGAAGUCCAUAAAGGAAAUGUUUCCUACGUCAAA